AAGGGUGGUCUCGGCGUUUCCGCCGUGCGUCCGCAGCGGUACGCGCGGUCUUUACGUCGGAACCCUGGGAGUGUUUCCGGCCAUUCAUAUUCGUAGCCGGUCGGCGCUCGGUUUUCGGGUUUUGUGCGCUCUCGGACUGAAAGGGUGACGGCGCCGCUAGGAUGAAGCUCGUGAGUUUUAUUGAGAUGUAAUUGGCGUACGGCACUGUAUAACUUUAAGAUUUUUGAUGAAAUUGAGUCACGAAACUGUAACCAUUGAAUUAAAGAAUGGAACACAGGUCCAUGGAACAAUCACAGGUGUAGAUGUCAGCAUGAAUACACAUCUUAAAGCUGUGAAAAUGACCCUGAAGAACAGAGAACCUGUACAGCUGGAAACACUGAGUAUUCGAGGAAAUAACAUUCGAUAUUUUAUUCUGCCAGACAGCUUACCUCUGGAUACACUUCUCGUGGAUGUUGAACCGAAGGUGAAGUCUAAGAAAAGGGAAGCUGUUGCAGGAAGAGGCCGAGGCCGAGGAAGAGGAAGAGGACGUGGCCGAGGCAGAGGAAGAGGGGGUCCUAGGCGAUAAUAUCUCUCAAGACUACUAUUUCGAAGUAGUUUUGUUUGUUUAUGACAGACGAAGAAGAAGAAGACGUGGCAGAGGAAGACUACGUGGCUAAGUUAGAAGAUGGUGGAGUCCUAAGCAAAUUGUCUCUCUCAAGGUUAUGGUUUUAAAGUGAUCGAUGCCCUGGCUGCUUUUUGUACAGGCUUUGUUUGUUUGUGGCAGUUUUUAAUAAACAUAAAUGUAGGACAGAGUUGUCUAUUGACUAUAUCGUAUUAAGUUUUAAUAGUUCAUAUAUAUAUUCAUGAUACAAACACAAUAAGAGCUAAGCAUUACUACUAGGCAGUCCCAGAAUAAUUCCAAUCUUAGAUCAGGCUUUUAAUUUUUUGAACUAAAAUAUUUCUUUUAUGAAUAUAUGUAGAAUAUACACCUUUUUAUAUCA